AUGAAACUGUUGCUAUUAGAGACAAUUGGAGGAGAAUUUGGAAGUCCAAGGGAAAUUUGGGAGGGAGUGAUUGGAGUGGAGGGGGAGGAGGAACUCGUGGAAUUUGUCAUGACUCUUGAUACCAAGUUGAAGUUUCCAAGCCGAUGGUUGGCAGCUGAUGCCCUGGUUUCAACUGGUCUAGCUAAGCUGGGUUACAAGUACGUCAACAUAGAUGAUUGCUGGGCUGAACUGCAACGUGAUGAUAAGGGUAAUCUGGUGCCUAAAAAGUCCACAUUUCCUUCUGGGAUUAAAGCUCUAGCGGACUACGUUCACAGCAAGGGUCUUAAACUUGGGAUUUACACAAGUGCAGGGUAUUUCACUUGCAGCAAGAAUAUGCCCGGUUCACUUGGUCAUGAGGAACAAGAUGCAAAAACAUUUGCAUCAUGGGGUAUUGAUUAUCUGAAGUAUGACAACUGCUACCAUGAUGGUACUAAGCCAACUGUGCGAUAUCCUGUUAUGACAAAGGCGCUAUUGAACAAUGGGCGCCCUAUCUUCUUCAAUCUGUGUGAAUGGGGCGAUUUGCAUCCCGCAUUGUGGGGUGCUGAAGUUGGGAACAGUUGGAGAACAACAAGCGAUAUUGCAGAUACAUGGGAAAGCAUGGUUUCCAGAGCAGACUUGAAUGAAUUCUAUGCAGAUCAUGCAAGACCUGGUGGUUGGAAUGACCCUGACAUGCUUGAGGUGGGAAAUGGAGGGAUGACUAAGGAUGCAUACAUUGUCCACUUUAGCUUAUGGGCCAUUUCCAAGGCGCUUCUUAUCAUCGGUUGCGAUGUGAGAAAUGUAACACGCGAUACCAUGGAUAUAAUUGCCAAUAAGGAAAUCAUCGCAGUAAACCAAGAUGCAUUAGGUGUUCAAGCUAAAAAGGUUAGGAUGGAAGGUGAUCUUGAGGUGUGGGCAGGGCCGCUAUCAGGGAGAAGGGUUGCUCUAGUGCUUCUGAAUCGUAGCUAUUGGAGCAUGAAAAUAAAAGCUCACUGGGAUGACAUUGGGAUCUCACCUAAUACCCUUGUACUUGCAAGAGACCUUUGGGAGCACAAGACACUGGACACCAGAUUUGUAGAGAAUUUGUCAGCUAUAGUGAGCCCUCGUUCGUGCAAGAUGUACGUGUUGACACCAAUUUCAUGAUAACGACUUCAUAAAGUAGGUUAAUUGGUGAUAGAACUAUAUAUCUGUCUUCGUUCCAGUUUCUUGUUGAGCUACUAAAUAGCAAAAUUGACAUGUAUACAGAUUACUAAUAACUGAUCAAAUCCAAAUGGCCAAAUACAUGUGCAGCCCUUUGAACUUGUCCCAUUUUUUCAUUUAGAUACUUGAACUGCAUCUUGUUCCUA